AUGAGAAAUCGGCUCGUCAUCAGCAUCGAAAAUUACACCAUAUACUGCGGCGAUGCUGAUGAGAACAAAGUAGGUGGCUGCGCGAUAGCUGUGAGGAACUAUUACAAGAACCUGGUGGAGGAAUUUGGCUCAACGUCGUCUAGAUGCGCCUUUUUACGACUGCGGGAUCGCAGAGGGCGUAAACUCUGGAUCGCAAGUGCUCACGCACCUACGGAAACCGCUGAGGACAACAGUAAGGACGCCUUCUAUGAUAAACUCAAUGCGUUGAUGUCUAAAAUACCAGGCCAGCAGGUGGUCAUUGUCAGAAUCGACGCAAAUGCGAAGAUGGGACUCGAACAGCAAUCCGAUGUGCUAGGAAAAUGGUACUAUGCAGCGGAGCGCACGUCGGACAACGGUGACCGUCUGGUCGACUUGUGCGAACAGACGGGCCUCAUCAUCGCUUCUACGUUUAAGAGGAAUCAUCGACGCCAUCAGCUCACGUAG